GCGCACUCCCCAGCUAGGAUUGUGCUUAUAAAUUGGCACCCAAGACACAAGCCAAAUGCCACUGCACUACUGUGAGUUAAAACACAUUAUAAGAAGCUUAAUUUAUCAGUGACGAAGCAAAACUAAUUAAGAAAUUAACUCAAACGAGAAGAAUGGAGGAUAAUAACUUGUAUCUCUCCCUCCUUCUCCUCUUCGUUUCUAUAGUGACCCUCUCCCUCUUCGUCCUCUUCUACAAGCACAGGUCUGCAUUUGCGGCCCCGAACCUGCCACCGGGAGCCACCGGUUACCCGGUGAUCGGGGAGAGCCUGGAGUUCCUGUCCACAGGAUGGAAGGGUCAUCCGGAGAAGUUCAUCUUCGACCGGAUGAUCAGGUACUCCUCCCAGCUGUUCAAGACCUCCAUCCUGGGGGAACCGGCGGUAAUAUUCUGUGGGGCCACCUGCAACAAGUUCUUAUUUUCGAACGAGAACAAGCUUGUUGCAGCGUGGUGGCCCAACAGCGUCAACAAGGUGUUCCCCACCACGCUUCUUAGCAACUCCAAACAAGAGUCCAAAAAGAUGAGGAAGUUGCUCCCUCAGUUCCUUAAGCCCGAGGCUCUCCAACGCUACGUUGGAAUCAUGGACACCAUUGCUCGAAACCACUUCGCUUCCCUUUGGGACAACAAGACGGAACUCACCGUCUAUCCCUUGGCCAAGAGGUACACGUUCUUGUUGGCUUGUCGUUUGUUUAUGAGCAUUGAGGACGUGAAUCACGUAGCAAAAUUUGAGAACCCUUUUCACCUGUUGGCGUCUGGAAUCAUAUCAGUGCCUAUUGAUCUUCCCGGAACGCCGUUCAACAAAGCAAUUAAAGCAGCAAACGCAAUCAGGAAGGAGCUGUUGAAGAUCAUUAGACAGAGGAAGGUGGAUUUAGCUGAAGGGAAAGCAUCGCCAACACAAGACAUUUUGUCUCAUAUGUUGUUAACAUGCGAUGAGAAGGGACAGUUCAUGAAUGAAUUGGAUAUUGCCGACAAGAUUCUUGGCCUUUUGAUUGGAGGCCAUGACACUGCUAGUGCUGCAAUCACUUUCAUUGUCAAAUAUCUUGCUGAACUCCCUCACAUUUAUGAUAGAGUCUAUCAAGAGCAAAUGGAAAUUGCAAAACUGAAAUCGCCAGGAGAGUUAUUGAAUUGGGAUGAUGUCAACAGGAUGCAGUAUUCUUGGAAUGUAGCUUGUGAAGUAAUGAGAAUCGCUCCUCCACUUCAAGGAGGUUUUAGGGAAGCUAUCAAUGACUUUAUUUUCGAUGGCUUUUCAAUACCAAAGGGAUGGAAGUUGUAUUGGAGUGCAAAUUCAACACAUAAAAGUCCAGAAUAUUUUCCAGAGCCAGAGAAAUUCGAUCCAACUAGAUUCGAAGGACAAGGGCCAGCUCCUUAUACUUUUGUACCAUUUGGUGGAGGACCAAGGAUGUGCCCCGGAAAAGAGUAUGCUCGAUUGGAAAUAUUGGUUUUCAUGCACAACCUAGUGAAGAGGUUUAAGUGGCAAAAAUUGAUUCCAGAUGAGAAAAUUAUCGUUGAUCCCUUGCCCAUACCUGCAAAGAACCUUCCAAUUCGUCUUCAUCCUCACAAACCCUGAAAAGAUAUUUGAUUUGAAUCAACACAAUUGUGCAAGUCAUGUGUGUCAUGUUCAAUCUAUUAUAUAUAUAUUGUGUGUCCCAAAUGUAUUCUCUCGCUUAUAUUUAUUCAUUUACAGUUUAUUUUGUAUCGAUCGAUCCUUUCUUGUAUUCAUGGGACUUAUCAUAAUUAAUAAAUAAAUAGCCACACAACUUCUUUUCCAAA